GAGAGGGACUGCUGAGCCCAGAUGCAGUGCUUCCGUGCUAGGGUUGCAGUCGAUCUUCUCGUUCGCCGAGCAAAUUUUCUUCUCUUUACUGACAGAGAUCAGAGGAAAGUGUACUGAGGGAUUCCAAAUCGAGAGCCAAAUUGCUUAAUUUCACUUUGACUUAACGUUGACGGUUCAUUGAAAGUCAAGAUCUUGCAAGAUCAGAGAGUGCAAUGAAGUACGUCCUAUCACUGAUCGCGUAUACGAUCAUUUCUCUGACUGGUUCCGUGGCGCUUUCAUCACCAAGGUGCAAGAAUCAAGAGGGAAAAGAUGUUGACUGGUUCAUCAUGUACAAGCUUCCCCGGAACACGAAUGGUGCCUUCAAGUCAGAAGGAGGCGAAUUCAUGUACAUAGACGCCGUCAACAGUAGACCCAAUGGACUGCGUUACUGGCCGCUGUCUAAGCAGGACAUUUUCUCAGACAGGAACCCGGUGGCGUUCACGCUUCAACCUCUUUACGAGACAACCAUGAGACAGGAUAUUCUGUACUUCGUGUACAAUGACCAGCCACCUUCGCACAUCAAAGGAACCCGGGCUGGCCACAGCAAAGGGGUCGUCCUCUUCGACAACGACGUCGGCGUGUGGCUCCUGCAUAGCGCGCCCAGAUUCGUGGACGGACUGCACAGUGGCCGCUACAGCUUUCCCAACAAUGCCAGAAGCAACGGCCAGAUGUUCAUGUGCGUCACAUUUAGGACGUCAGAAGUGGACAAGAUAGCGAGGAUGCUGCGGACGGAGUACGCCAACGUCUACGCCUCCAGGGUGCCGCCGGCUAUGAAGGUCAAGUACCGCGAGGUGGAGCAGCUCUCUAACAACAGAUUCGUUCAGAACAGCCAAGAGACGCUCUACGCCACCACACUGACCAGCGAGGGCGGCCUUAAACUGAAUGCGUACGCUAAGAGGGCGACCGCACGCCAAGAUCUGCAUUUCGGGGUGCUUGCGAAGGCCUUGCAGGGUCCGAUUGCUGUGCAGGCUUGGUUUAGAGGCGCUGGAACUCGGCUUCCGAAUGUGCGCAGCUCAACCUGCUCCGUCUUCAACAUCGAGGAAGUGAUCAUGAGAUAUGACGCAUACAAUUUCGUCAAAUUCAGCGGUGCAGUGGACCACAGCAAAUGGGCAGUCUCCAUUGACAAAGAUGUUUUCUGCUUCGCUUCCAUGAAUCGCAUGGAGUCUCAGGCGAACAGCCGUGGUGGGGAAGCUUUGUGCUUCGAAAAUCCCGCGGUGAAGGCUCUUUUCAGACGGAGCGCUGUCAUCAACCAACAAUGCUCCGUGGACGAGAGUGAACUAAGAAACACCGCGACGAAGCGUGCCAGACCUAACAAGCGUACAAACAGUCGCAAGAGAGUGAAAACGCAGCGUACGCAAGACCCCACGCAGACGAGCAACGACAGGAAGGUUGAAAUGCGGCGUCCCCAAAGCAAGAAACCCCAUAGGGGGCGCGCGUAGUAUUCACAUGCUGACAUGGCCUGGAGCCGCGUCUUCGUCCAUCCUCCUUUCCAGCAGACGCAGUUGCGUAUGACACGUUGAUAGUUUGAACAAGUGCACGUAGCGCUUGUCCUGUUUCUUUGUGUCUCUUUUCGCGCAUUUUUUUAAACUAUACCAUGCAUCUCAACCAACUAGCUCAAGUGUGUAUCAUCUUUCGAUUCUCUGGUAGUUCACAUAGCCAAAGAAUGAAAAUAAAAAUUGCCAGGUUUGACUCAUUUUCAACUGUUUUGUCGAGUGAUAGCUGAGUUUUGUUGGCAUUGGGGAAAUAAAAUUGGCAGCAUAU